AUGAGCUCAUCAUCCACUAAGAAUAAGAGCACAAAAAGCAACAACAAUAACAACAAUACAUCAAUAGAGCUUGUUUCUGAAGAUGGUCCUAUGCCUAUAAAUAUAAUGAUGCAGGAAGGUGUGAAAGCAUUAACCAAGAUCUUAUCUAACCAGUUACAAGAUAGGAAAGUGUUUGAUAACCCUCAACAAUCGAUGCAAUUCGUGAUAAGAAACACCGGUGGUAAAAUUAUUAAAGACUCAUCACAUAAUGGUACUUCACCUCAAAAACAAAACGGCAAGAUGACUUCUGACGAUGAAAUUGUAGAGUUGGAUAAUCAAAGCAACUAUCAUGUUAACGAUAAAUCGGCUACUACUUUACAAUCCAAUGUCUUAAAUAAUGAUGACGUCCAGAAUUUCUUGGAUGAAGAAUUUCAAGAUCCUGAAUUGCAUUUAGAUGAUGAAGAGGGCGAAAUAAUAUUUGAUUAUGAGACACACGAUUUAAUGGAUGCACCAGAUGGUAUUGGUGAAAGAAUCUCUCAAAUGAUCGAAUCAGUAUUGCCAAAUGGCUUCCCAAAGGAUGCACACGGAAGGCUCCAUGCAGUUGUCAACGGAGAUGAGUUGAACAUUACUGAGGAAGGUGAUGGCGGAGAUGAUGAGCAUAAUCAACAUAUACGACCACAAUAUGCACCUCCAAAUGGGAGAGCAUUGAAUCAAACAUCAAUGAGGCGACAUGAAUAUGAUGAUCAUGCAGACGCUGAGGGAGCGGAAGAAGAUAUUGAUGAAGAACUAUUUGAACAUGAAGGAUGUUGUCCUCACCAUCAACGUCAUGGUCAAUUAUCAGAAUUUCGAAAUUACAAUUACCACGAUUUUGAAUACCUACCAUCACAAGUGAAGCAACCUCCAAAUUUUUCUGUUCUUCUUGAACAAGGGAAACCUAUGUGUAUGUUCUGUGAGUAUUAUAUGGUCUUUGGAGAACCUCCCAGAAAUAUGAUCAAAUGGUACAAUCGAACAUAUGGUUAUAAUCGUCUGCCGCACUCUAAUGAUAGACACCAUAAUCAUAAUCAUAACCAUAACCAUCGAAAGAGAAAUCGUUAA